AUGCCUGAAAAAGAAUUAGAUUAUCUUAGAUCAAGAGAAGAUGCAGGAUCUGAUGAAAAAAAUGGAGGAGUUUAUAUUGAUGCUUUUGAUGAACAAGAUUCAAAACCACCUUUAAAAGGUUGGGCUAAAUUUAAAGAUGGGUUUAAAAAAGCUGAUGCUAAUGAAAUGGGUAUUGAUCCAAAUUUAUCAGAAGCUGAAAAAAUUGCUAUAUUAACUGCAAAUUCACCAUUAUCAAGAUCUUUAAAAAAUAGACAUUUACAAAUGAUUGCUAUUGGUGGUUCAAUUGGUACUGGUUUAUUCGUUGGUUCUGGUUCUUCUUUACACACUGGUGGUCCAGCUGGUUUAUUAAUUGCUUAUAUUUUGAUCGGAACUAUGAUCUACUGUACUGUUCACUCCCUUGGUGAGCUUGCAGUUACUUUCCCAGUCAGUGGUGCUUUUGUUACUUAUAAUUCUAGAUUCAUUAAUCCAUCAUGGGGUUUUGCUAUGGCUUGGAAUUAUGCUAUGCAAUGGUUGGUCGUUUUACCUUUGGAAUUGGUUGCUGCUUCAUUAACUAUUAAAUACUGGGAUGAAAAAACAAAUCCAGCUGCUUAUGUCGUUAUAUUUUAUGUUUUAAUAAUUGCUAUUAACUUUUUCGGAGUUAGAGGUUAUGGAGAAGCCGAAUUUAUUUUCAGUGCUAUUAAAGUAUUAGCAGUAUGUGGAUUUAUUAUAUUGGGUAUAGUUUUAUGUGCUGGUGGUGCACCAAAUGGUCAAGGAUAUAUUGGUGGUAAAUAUUGGCAACAUCCUGGAGCUUUUGCAAAUGGUGUUAAGGGGGUUAUAACGGUUUUUGUGGGAGCUGCUUUUGCAUUUGCUGGUACUGAAUUAGCUGGUUUAGCAGCUGCUGAAACUGCUAAUCCAAGAAAAGCUUUACCAAAAGCUUGUAAACAAGUCUUUUGGAGAAUUACUUUAUUCUAUGUUAUUUGUUUAACAUUAGUUGGUUUAUUAGUUCCUUAUGAUGAUGAAAGAUUAUUUACUGCCACUAAUUAUGCAUCAGCUUCACCUUUCGUUAUUGCUAUUAAAAAUGGUGGUAUUUCUGGUUUACCAUCAGUUAUGAAUGUUGUUAUUAUGGUUGCUGUUUUAUCAGUUGGUAAUUCAUCAGUUUUUGGUUCUUCAAGAACUUUAGCUGCUUUAGCUGCUUCAAAUCAAGCUCCAAAAAUUUUUGGUUAUAUUGAUAAAACUGGUAGACCAUUAGUUGGUAUUAUUGUACAAUUAUUAGUUGGUGCUUUAUGUUUCUUAGCUGCUUCACCAAAAGAAGGUCUUGUAUUCAAUUGGUUAUUAGCUUUAUCUGGUUUAUCAUCAAUUUUCACUUGGGGUUCAAUUUGUUUAUGUCAUAUAAGAUUUAGAGCAGCAUUAAAAGCUCAAGGUAGAGAUACUGGAGAAUUGGCAUAUGUUUCACAACCUGGUAUAAUUGGUGCUUAUUGGGGUUUAUUAUUAAAUCUUGCUGUUUUAUGUUUACAAUUCUGGAUUGCUGUUUGGCCAUUAGGUACUGCACCAAAUGCUAAUGAUUUCUUCAUGAACUUUUUGACUGUUCCAGUUGUUCUUGUGUUCUACGUUGGUCACAAAAUCUAUUCAAGAAACUUGAAAUUUUAUUAUAAAGCAAGUGAAAUUGAUAUUGAUACUGGUAGAGCUGAUUUAGAUUUAGAUUUAGUUAAACAAGAAGUUGCUGAAGAAAAAGCUUAUCAAAAAUCACAACCAUUUUAUAAAAGAAUUUACUACACUUGGUGUUAA